AUGGAACUGUCGCAAGGAGGCCGCGCCGAAGUGCGGGAAAUUUGUUCGGAUAACGCUUGGCCCGGCCAAGACGAUUCUCGUCCGAUUGACGUUGUUGCGCGCCGGGCGAUCGUGGAGCCGCGCCAAGAGGCGGAUGAGGAAAGCGACGACGACAACGACGAGGAGGAGUCGUCGCACGCGUGGAAGAUGCCUCUCGCUGCGACGAUGAGGGCGGCGUCUGCGCCUACAGGCUCUGCGUUCGGCGGAACCCUGUCGCGCGUCGCAUGUCGCAGUCGCAUCCGGAGCAUGCGAAGCUCCGGCUGGGCGUCGGACGGCGAGGAGUCGGACGACGGCGGCGACUGGUGUGCGACGGUUGCGCACGACGAAUGGGCGCCGGUGCGACGGCGACUGUCCUUCGCCGAGCAAGAGUCGAUGGGCGACGAGGCUGCGACUACAGGCAUGCCGGAGGCGGAGAUUGAGGAGAGGGGAGCAGGAAUCUCCCCCUGUGGCGGUGUGAGCGACCUUCUCGCUGCGUUCGCUCGCACGUGCUCCAUCGCCACCGCUUGCCCUGCGCCCGCAGCCACGUGUGCACCCGUCGUUGCGUCGCAAGAAGCGUCGCAAGGCAUGGAGGUCGCAUUCGCGGCACGGGCGCUGGUUGGCGUCGCAGGGGAGCGCAGAAGUGGGGGCGGCGGGGGCGGGGAGCUGGGGUUGGGGGGUGUAAGGUGGCGGGUGCGGACGUGCGGGGCAGGGGGCAUGGGGGAAGGUGGGGCGGGGAUGAAAGGUGGAAAGGGCAGGGCGGAGAAGAGGGGGAGGGAGAGUGAUAGCGAUGGGGAUAGGGAAAGUGGGGAGGAGAGAGAGGAGGAGAGCGGUAGUGGCGGUGACGGCACGUCUGGGAGUAGUGGCGAUGGAGAUGACGAUGAGGAGGAGGACGGCGAGGAGGAGGAGGAGGAGGGGGAGGAGGAGGAGGAGGAGGAGGAAGAAGAGGAGGAGGAGGAGGAGGAGGAAGAAGGGGAGGAGGAGGAGGAGGAGGAGGAGGAGGAGGAAGAAGGGGAGGAGGGUGAGGAGGAGGAAGAGGAGGGUGGGGAGGAGGAGGAUGAAGAGGAGGAAGGGGAGGCGGUUGAAGAGGACGAGGAAGAGGCGGGUGGUGAGGAGGGCGAAGAAGAGCGUAAAGAGGUGGAGAUGAAGCACCAGCCGCAGCAGCAGCAGCAGCAGCCGCAACAGCGAGAGCAGCAGCAGCAGUGGCAGGGCGCGCAGCAGCGGCAGGGCGAGCAGUACGAGGAGAAGCGGGUGUACGUGGGCGGGCUGCCGUACUACGUGACAGACGACGCCAUCCACGAGUGCUUCGAGGGGUGCGGCCGCAUCGCGCUCAUCCACCGCCUGCACUUCCCCGACUCGGGCCGAUUUCGAGGCAUCGCGCUCGUCACUUUCAAGACGGCCAUCGGAGCACGGAAGGCGUUGGAGCUGGACGGCGUUGACAUUCUCCGCGCGUACGUGGGCAACCUCGCGUGGAGCAUGGACGAGGCGGCUGUAGCGGCCUUCUUCCCCGGCUGUAGCAUCGCGGCCGUGCGCCUGGCGAGGAAUCCCGAGACCGGGCGGCACAAGGGGUACGGGCACGUGGAUUUCGCGGAUGAGGAGAGCUUGGAGCGGGCGAUUGAGAGGAAUCAGCAGGUGGCGUGCGGUAGGCCGGUUAAGGUGGCGUAUGCUGUGGCUAGUCGAGGGGGCGUGGGGGGUGGAGGGGCAGGAGGGGCAGGAGGGGUAGGGAGGAUGGGAGGAGUGGAACGGGGAGCAGCUGGUGCAGGGGGAGCAGGGGGUGGGAGUGGUGGGCAUGGGGGUGCGGGGGCUGGGGGUUUUGCAGGGGAGAUGGGGGGAGGUGGGGAAGCAAUGGAGCAGGAGCAUGAGGGGGCGGGGGGCAGGAAGGGUAAGGGGAGGAAGAAGGGCGCGGAGGGGUGCUUUGUGUGUGGGGAUGAGGGGCACAAGUCGUUUGACUGCCCUGAGAAACACCGCAAGAUGAAACGCCAUAAGAGCCAGUGA